AUCAGCCUGAAAUGUGUGUCUCUGCCCAUCGAGCUACAGAACCUUCACGACAACAUGCAUAUAUCCAUGUUGAUUCCACCGUAUAAGGGCGAACCCGGCCAGGACGUUAUUGACAACUACCUGCGCUUGAUCGUUGAUGUCUUCGUCCGAGGAUGGGAAACGGGUAUUCAGCUCAGCAGGACGGCCAACUACCCCACCGGACGACAGGUCUUGUUCGCAUGCGUAUAUGUGGCAGCUGAUCUCAAGGCGCGUGUCAAGGUCGCGGGCACACAAGAUCACACUGCGCAUCGCUGCGGCGGGAUAUGUGACUGCGUGGGUAGUAACACCCACAGGAGAUACGACUACGAGGAAUGGAGGCCACUGGGUCUGGACGUUAUCAAGGAAUGCGCCGCCAGGUGGAGAGCGGAAACAACGGAAGCGGGGAGACGAAAGGUGUUUAAGGAAACCGGCUUCCGCGACAGCGUCAUGUACAAACUUCCUUACUGGAAUCCUGCCCGCCAAGUGGUCGUCGACCCCAUGCAU